AUGGGCCUCUACCACAUGGGUAACUACUGCCUCGUCCACCGUCUCUCCGAGGAUAGCAAGCUGACGAGACUGAAAGUCCUCUUCAAAUUCAAGAAUGAUACAGAUCCUGAAGAUCUCAAGACACUGGAUACACUGAGUAGUACACUCCUUGGGAAAGUCUCAGGGCUGGUUGACAUGAAAACGGGCCCGCCACUUCCAGCCACGAGCGCGCGAGCCAAGGGAUUCGAGUAUGCCGCCGUGGCGACCCUAGAAGGUGCCCAGUUUCUAGACGGCUUUGUCAAGCAUCCCAUACAUGGAGAUUAA